GAGCGGCGAUGGCGGCGGCGGCGGCGGCGGCAGCAGCAGCGGGGGCUGCGGGCGGUCGGGGCUCCGGGCCGGGGCGGCGGCGCCAUCUUGUGCCCGGGGCCGGUGGGGAGGCCGGGGAGGGGGCCCCGGGGGGCGCAGGGGACUACGGGAACGGCCUGGAGUCUGAGGAACUGGAGCCUGAGGAGCUGCUGCUGGAGCCCGAGCCGGAGCCCGAGCCCGAAGAGGAGCCGCCCCGGCCCCGCGCCCCCCCGGGAGCUCCGGGCCCUGGGCCUGGCUCGGGAGCCCCCGGCAGCCAGGAGGAGGAGGAGGAGCCGGGACUGGUCGAGGGUGACCCGGGGGACGGCGCCAUUGAGGACCCGGAGCUGGAAGCGAUCAAAGCUCGAGUCAGGGAGAUGGAGGAAGAAGCUGAGAAGUUAAAGGAGCUACAGAACGAGGUAGAGAAACAGAUGAAUAUGAGUCCACCUCCAGGCAAUGCUGGCCCAGUGAUCAUGUCCAUUGAAGAGAAGAUGGAGGCUGAUGCCCGUUCCAUUUAUGUUGGCAAUGUGGACUAUGGUGCAACAGCAGAAGAGUUGGAAGCACACUUUCAUGGCUGUGGUUCAGUCAACCGUGUUACCAUACUCUGUGACAAAUUUAGUGGCCAUCCUAAAGGUUUUGCGUAUAUAGAGUUCUCAGACAAAGAGUCAGUGAGGACUUCCUUGGCCUUAGAUGAGUCACUAUUUAGAGGAAGACAAAUCAAGGUGAUCCCAAAACGAACCAACAGACCAGGCAUCAGCACAACAGACCGGGGUUUCCCACGAGCCCGAUACCGUGCCCGGACUACCAACUACAACAGCUCCCGCUCUCGAUUCUACAGUGGUUUUAACAGCAGGCCCCGGGGUCGCGUCUACAGGGGCCGGGCUAGAGCGACAUCAUGGUAUUCCCCUUACUAAAAAAAGUGUGUAUUAGGAGGAGAGAGAGGAAAAAAAGAGGAAAGAAGGAAAAAAAAAAAAA